GACAAAAUUUCCUCACGCUCGGCACGGUACGCUCAUUGUCGCGUAAUCCAGCUGUGUACUGUCUGUGUGUCCCACUGAGACCAGAAAUACUCGUGUAUCUUCCUCCCGAACAAGUGAAAGAUGCCGACAUUGAAGAAGGAGCUAAUACAGUUUCCACCCUUCCGGUUGGCCUGAAAGGAGAUGCUUGAGUCGCUCUUUUUCUGUUCGUACCAAAGCACACGAGAUCAAGCGUGCACCACCUCUCGAGAGAUCUGCACUCCACGCAGCCAGAUUGCGUAGCUUGCUCGGUCGUAUAAAAGAGAUUGCUUGCCACCGGCAAGACAUCAGUGUUCCCCGUACAGUGUGCAGAGCCCAACUGCUAAGCUACCCACCGUGCUGCUGUACUUUUCAACCAACGGGCUCUCAACUUUGCAAAACCUUGUGUGUCUUUCUUAUCCGACUAUAGCACUCAGUUGUUCCGUAAACACGCGCUCAAAGUAAAAGGGAAAUGAAUCGAUUUAGUGCGAUUUUGUUGCUUGCUAGUGCAACGCUAAUCUGUGCUGAACCUCCAGUUCAUGGUGGUUAUGGCCAUGGUCACAGUCACGGUGGUGGUGGUGGCGGCGGUGGAUACGACGAUGGUGGUUAUAUUGCCGUUAGUCCCGGCCAUCAAACCUCCGAGGGAUUGCACGUUGAUCACAGCCUGCUGCAUAAAGUGAAGGAAGCGCUUUUAGACCAUGAGAAUUCUGGCUCGCACGGAAGUAGUGGCUACUCCGGAUCUAUUUCGUCCUCGUACGGACCACCAUCAGGAUCGUAUGGACCUCCUUCGCCUGUGUAUGGAGUCCCAUCGUACUCCGGACAUGGACACGUCAAAACUACCGGUAUUGAGCUAGGACACGUUCAACAAGGCAUCCAGGUCGCUGAGUACUACAAGGCCGCCCAUGGUCCUUCUCAUUCGUCGUACUCCGUACCAUCUUACGCAUCUCAUUCAUCAUCAUCUUCUUACUCGGCUCCUUCUUACUCAUCGCAUUCCUCCUUCACGCCGUCUCAUGGCUAUUCUUCUGGAGGCUCUUCUUACUCGUCUUCCUACUCUGCUCCAUCUAUAUCAUCGCAUUACUCUGCACCAUCCGCCUCUUCUCACUAUUCUGCACCCUCUGUUUCAUCUCACUACUCUGCCCCUUCCGUAUCUUCUCACUAUUCUGCACCUUCCCUAUCCUCUCACUAUUCUGCUCCAUCUGUCUCAUCGCAUUCGUCCUUCGGUGGUCUAUCCUCGUCGUACGGUGCCCCUUCACUUUCGUCCAGCUACGGUGCUCCAGCUCUUUCAUCCCACUAUUCAGCACCAUCCUACUCAUCUCACUCAGGCGGUUCUUUUUCUCACGCCUCAUCUCACUCAUCCGGCCCAUCAUUCAUUGCCAUCCCAUCUUCCUCGUACGGUGUCCCGUCCUUCGGUUCCUCGGGACACCAUCAUCGGCCAUCGCACGGUGCUAGUCUGCACGGAUCGUUCUCCUCUUACCGUCAACCAUCAUCUUCGUACGGACCACCACGUCCAACCUACGGUGUACCGCAUCAUCACUAAGCUCUACAUCCACAUCGAAUCAUCUCACGUCUAGCAACCGGACGUGCUGUCAUCUAAGUCAGUUCUUCGCAUCCCCAAGUAAACCCCAUCAAUCUAGAAUUAGUGAGAACUCUGUCAUCGCACAAUCUUCUCAUUUACAAAACCUAUUUUUUGUUUGUUGUAUACAAUUAGAAGUGUACAGAUCCAUCGUAAACGAUGGAACUAUUUAAAGAAAUAUAUAAAGAUGUUAUAAUAAAUCAGCUGUAAGCAUUUUAUUCAACUGUU